AUGCCCAAAGCCAAAUUGCGAACGAAGACCGGGUGCUCGACCUGCAGGAAGAGAAGAGUGAAAUGCGGCGAGGAGAAACCAGUAUGCCGCGCCUGCGUUGCUUCAGGACGUGGUUGCACGUGGCCGUCCUCCGACGACAUGUACGAUAGACGUCACCGAUCUCGUCGAUCCUUCUCUGAUGACAGGACCUUGCCUUCACCGUCUUCCUGCAGCAAAGAAUCCAUCAUCUCUCUGGAAUUAAGAGAGCUGCCGGAUCUCGAACAGGAGCUGACCCACCACUACUUCAACAUAUUCCUCUCCGUACUCUUACUCCCCACAGUGAGAGAAAGAGACCUGGAGGGCUAUGGAUCGCAGGUGAUGAGCAUGAUGCUUUGCUCUGAAAGCGUAAAGUGCGCUGUCCUAGCUGCGUGUGCUUCUAAUAAGUACAUGCUCCUGAGGUCAAGGAGGUAUCAUGAUGCGGCACUGGGGUACUACUUCCGUGCCGUGGAACUGGUCAAUCGUGCUCUUCAUGACUUGGGUGCAUCCGCCAAGGGGCCUGACGAUCCGCUGCUGACCACCGUUGUGUAUCUUUACUUAUACGAUAUGUGGGGGCCGCCCGACGAGACUUUAGACGCGAGGAAGCACGUCGACGGCGCUAUGAACCUACUCAAGCUUAGAUACGAAGACACCUGCUCACCCAUGUCAAUGUCGAGACCUCUACAUCGAAUUAAUACGGAGAGCGUGCUUUAUCAAGCAUUCCUGCUUGCUAUGCGAAAGCCAUUCGCUCCCAACUUUCAUGUGGAUGAACAAUUCCUCGAUCGAUCCGAACAUGUUCUCAACGCAAGGAAACUCAUCGACAUAUUAUCCGAAGGUGAUAGCCCCGUACUGGGCUUACCACUGCCGCUAUAUCGUCUCAUAACGGACCUCAUUGACGUCCUCAACUCACCCAAGCAUCCGACUGGAGCGUUUCUGAUUCGGAUGAGAGAGGAGAUGAAAACAUGGGAAGGCCUCGUACUGGUAGAAGAUGAAGGAGCCAGCUGCCCUUUGUCCAUGACGAGCUUUCACAAAGACGCUGGUACUCUUUUCGUUUUGGGCGCUUCGCUGCUCCUAGACUACAUCGCAGAGUUUUCACUCGCCAACCACACUUUAUGGCCACAGGUCCCAAGAACUACGCAGAACAGCUGGAACCCUUUACAUCCAAUGCGAAGUGCACCAAGAUGGCAAGUGCAGCGUGCCUUUGAGAUUCUUCGUCGACCAGCCGCCUAUGAAACGUAG